AUUGUUGUUAUCAAAAUAAGCGUCCUACUCCACCUGCUCUAGUUGCUCCAUAGGUACCCGCAAAUGCAUUUUUAUUAACUGCUUCACGAAUAGCUAGCCCCCAUUGACGUUUUUCAUUUUGAAUUUUCUUUUUCAUUUCUUUUUUCUUUUUCUUUUCUUCCAACCGCUUCUUCUUUAGUUUCUUUUCUUCCUCUUCCUCAACUAUGGGUUUUUCUUUAAAUGAAUCCAAAACAUUGCUUUCUUUUUCUUCACUUGAAUUACUUUCACUCCCAUGGUCACUUUCACUACUUCUACUACUUCCAUCUUUUAGCUGGAUUUCAUCUUUGGGAGGCUCCCAUUUUGGUGGUAUCCAUAGUGGAGUAUCUUUGUCUAUUCUUGUUGAUAAUUUAUGAAGUCGUUGCUUAAGAGCAAUUUUUGUUAAUUCUUUUGCUAGAUUUUGUAGAGGCUCAACUUUUUGUUUAAUCUCUUCUUUAACCUCUUGCUUAGUUGUGAAAAUUGUUGCUUGUAAUAAGGUUUCACGCGUAAGUUCAUACUUCUUAGAUUCUUGUAAAUGUUGGUGUUUAGGACAUUUAGGGCUUGGUGUGAUUUCAUGAAGUUGGAGAGUUUGUUGAAUGGGCUUCCAAUGUUUGGGUUUCCAUGAUUCAACCCUCGCCUUGGAAUCUAGAGUGGGUGUAAUAAGUGAAGGCUUUCCUUCAACUUGUAUGACAUUCCCUUCUUCAUCAAUACCAUAACAUUUUAGGGUUGGAGGUUCGCCUUUGAUGUUGUUUUGUAUUUUUAUGAGCCAUGGCCUGUUGAGAAGUUGCUUGGAUGAUGGGCAUUUGUGAACUAUGGGUGUGUCUAAGAUUGAAGUGGUUGACAAAUUUGUUUCCACGUCGGACUUUUCAUUGAUGUUUCCAUCAUCAAGGAGUUGUUUUUCAUCUUCUGCUUGUUGCUUUACAAGGUGUGGUCUUAACUUCUUGAGCACUACCUCUACCAAAAAUUCUUUCAUUAAUUGAUGGAGAGCUGUAUAAAAAGUGAUGGAAGAAUCAUGUGAAUUUAAAGAAACCCACAAAUGGGUUGGUGGUGUUAGAGGAGCAUGGAUGUGGAAGGAGAAAAAAACAAACAUCGGAAGUCACGGGGGCCAUCUCGGCAACAACAACAACAUUGGAGGUCCAUGUCAUGGACAGGAGAACAUGUUGAUUUUUUGGAUGAUGGAAAUCCUUGUUACGGUCAUGAAAGUAAGAACGCACAAAACAAUGUUGACAACAUAUCUUCAUAUAGAGUCAAAAAUUUGACUAUUAAUUCUAUUAUUGAAGAGGUUGCCAAUGAGUCCAAUUGUAAUGUUAUCGCACCUCAAGUAGCAUUACUAUGCCCUCCAUUACAAUCGCUUUUUGUGUCACCCCAACAAAUUGAAAGCUCUUCAACCAAUAGCAACUUAAUAAAUGCAACUCUUAAACCUCAAAAAUCGAUGCGAAGUGGCACAUUGAACAUUAGAUUGGAUUUGGGAGCAGUACAAAGAGAAUCUUAUGAAGGGGAAGAUAAUGGAGAUGAUGAAAUCAUACAAAAAAAGAAAAGAAUGAUGCAAUGUGACCAAGAAUGCUCACAAGUUUCAAGCCACCUUUACUUUGGAAGCAACAUGGUGGCACAAAACUAUGACUUGCUUCAUGCAUGUAAGAUCACACACAUUUUGAAUUGUGUUGGAUUUGAAUGUCCAGAAUACUUUUCCAAUGACUUCUAUUACAAAACAUUGUGGCUCCAAGACCAUCCAAGUGAAGACAUUAUAUCUAUCUUAUACAAUGUCUUUGAUUAUUUUGAAAAUGUGCGUGAAGAAGGUGGCCGUGUUUUUGUCCAUUGUAUUCAAGGAGUUUCUCGAUCGGCAUCAUUGAUCAUUGCAUAUCUCAUGUGGCAAGAGCAAAGAACUUAUGAAGAUAUUCUUGAGAAAGUGAAAACAAUACGUUGUGUGGUAAGUCCCAACAUGGGAUUUGCUUUUCAAUUGCUUCAAUGGCAAACACGGGUAUUACCAAACAUUUCAUAUGAUACAUCAAGCACCACUACAAGUCUUCCUCCUCCUUCUAGUCCUGCUUGUGUGCGAUUGUAUCGUAUGGCCCCUUAUUCACCUUUUGAUCCUUCCCAUCUUGUUCCUAAAUGCGUGGCAAGUCCAACAAUUUCUUCACUCGACACACGUGGUGCUUUCCUUCUAUUGCUUCAACAAGGUAUUUUUAUUUGGCGUGGAAAGUUGUGUGCCAAAAACUUGAUGGUGGCAGCCGAUCGAGCUGCAUUUCAAUUCAUCCAUUAUGAGCAUGUGCCAGGUCCAAUUGUUUUUAUCCGCGAGGGGAAUGAGCCGCGAGAAGUGUGUAAAGUGUUACACACAAAUGACUCAAAAGGAAAGGUUUCCAGCUCCAACCACGAGCUCCAAAACAAUGAAUAUUCAUCAGAUUUUGAUAUUUUACAUCGGAUGCAAAUUGGGACUUGGGUAGCACCCACUUUGAGAAUGGGCCAGUUGCCAAGUAGGAAUGGAAAUUGGCACAUUAAAGAUCAUGGCAGCAGUAAACAAAAAUUAGAAGGCUGAAGUACGAAUCAUCCUGAAUUAAAGAGAUAUUUGUCCCAUAAACAUAUUCAUUUUUGGUGAUCCUGAAUUUUGAAGGUAGUUGUAAAUUUUUCGUGUACAAAAUUGGUUAUCAUGAUUUUUCAAAAUAAGUAUAAAAAAAUCUGUUGAGAAUCUUAGACCUACAUAAUAAAUAUACCAUUUUGUUUA